GCGUGGCCCCGAUGCGGACCGCAAGCCGGCCUGGGGCGCGUCUUCAGCCGGCGGUGUCGCGGCCGCCGAUCGGGCUUGGCCUCGUCCGGCUCGCUUGCAGCAGCACCAGCGGCCGGUGUUCACCGGUCGAGUGUUCAUGACGGCCGCCGACGCCGGUGGGCCCGGCGGCGGAGCUUUGACGUUCGGCGGCGGGAGAGGCGCCAUCAUCGACCCGCGUGCCAUGGAUUUGGACUUGAGCAACCUGACGCUCGCUGAGCGCGAGGCCAUUAUGCAGGUGCUUCAGCGCGACCAAGCGCUGCGCAAGAUGGAGGAGCGCCGGAUACUGCACCUGAAGGCCGAGCUGCAGCGCCUGCGCAAGCGCGGUGCCCUGCGUCCGGGCCUCGACCCGGCUCGCAGCUGCGCCCGAUGCCUGUCCGCCCUGGGUCGCAUCCUGAACCGGGGAGCCCCGUGUCCCUCGUGCCGCAAGAAGGUGUGCCGCGACUGUCGCCUGCACGAAGUGGGCGCCCCCGAGAACUCGGACCAGUGGCUCUGCGUUGUCUGUCACAAACAGAUGGAGCUCAAGGCCACGUCUGGUCAAUGGAUGCAGGACUUGUGCCGGCGGUCUAGCCGGCGCCGCAAGUUGAACGGACCUCCUGUCGCGGACGAGCUGGGCCGCGCCCUCCAAUGCGCGCCGACACAACAGCGGCCUGACCAUGCCGCCGGCCGAGCAGUCGAACACGCCAGCUCUUCUCGAUCUGCCGCCCCGACGAACCGCCAGCAACCGCAACGACAGAGCGCCCAAGGAAACAGCGCGGGCGACUCGAAUACGCCUCCCAUGACCAAGACGACGCCCUUGGCGUCUCCUAACGCGCAGCGCGCCCCGCAAGCGCGACUCUCCGGUUCGCACUCCACCGGCGUCCCGCGGCCCGACUCCCCGCAGUCCGCGACCGGACACGACAGCCUGUCCUCGGACGUCUCGAGCGCCGCCGACUCUUCGGCCACGCCGUUUCCCGCCUCCUCCGCCAGCAAACCGACGUCCGAAGGCACUCCUCCCCUGUCUUCGACCGCCUGUCCGUCGCCCCCGGCGGGCGUCCGCUGGGCGCCACUGAGAGGACCCCUGAGGAACCCGAUCCGCAAACUUCCUCGUCAGGGGUCAUCCCUGUCGUCUUCUAGCGACAGCGCGUCCGCCGAAGGCGGCCCUCCCGGUGGCCGACCUUUCCAUCAUCGUCAACCGGCCCCGCCGUCGUCUUCGGCGACCACCACGGCCGCCGACGACUCCCCGCCGCCCGUGCCCUUUCCGCGCACCAAGCGGCAGAGCCCGCAGCGUCAGCUGCCGCCCCCGUCUUCGCCCAAGCUCCAGGAGAGCCCGUCACCUCCGACCCAGCAGAGGCAGCUCCUGGUGCCGGACUCGAAGCUCCCGCUGACGCCGUCGCUGUCGGCUCCGGCGUCGCCGGCGUUCCGCGAUCGGUCGCGCAGCGCGCUCACGGUCACGUACAGCAGUCCUCCGAGCGUCCAGGACGACGGCCGAGGACAUACCCUGCCCGCGCGCAAGGCGACGGCGCCCGAGCUGACCGGUCUGGAGCGCGCCAAGGAGGUCGCCUUCCGCAGGGUGACCCUGGGAAGCGUUCGAAUGGAGAGCACUACGGAUGAGGACACCGCCGACUGCUGCAGCGGCGAAAGCAGUGGCGGCGGUGGCGGCGACUCUCUCGCGCCAAAUAACGUUCAUCCCGCUAACGAAUGCCCCUCCCCUUGCUGCCAGUUCCCAAUCCUCCCGCCCCCGCUUGUCUUUGACGACUUUCUUCUGUGCGGCGGCGAGCCUACGUGCGCGGCUAGCGCUAACACUAAUCCCACGCUAGGCGAUGUCCUUUCCUUUUCCACUAAUGCGCCGCCGAGCCCGCCCUGCUCGCCGCUUGCUCGGCGCCUGGACCAGCUGCGGAGGCGAUCUCUGCGGAUCCGCGACCUGCUCAAGGAAUCUGCGGCCGCGUCCUCUGCGGCGUCGGACCAGUGGCCCUCGCGUCCUGCCAGCCAGAACAGCUACGACAGCCGUCUGUGGCCACUGGACGACUACCCGUCCGACUGCGAGGUCAAGCUGCGCGACCGCUCGCCCGACGACUACAAGCUGGUCUUCAUCAGCAGCUCGUCCGAAUCCUCGGAGGACGACUCCGAGGUGGAGGCGGCGGCGUCCCGGCUCUGGCUCCUGCUGCGCUCCCGGCUCGCCGUGGGGCCUGAGGGCGCCGUGUACGUGGAAGAUAGCUCCGACUGGGAGUUCCCGUCCGACGUGGAGGAGGACGGAGGUGGUUUGGAGGAAGAAUUGGCGCCGAAGGAAGAGCUCCUAGGCGUCGCUGCCGCCGCGGGGCCGCAGGUGGUCGACCCCGGCCAAAGGUCUCCGGAGGAGGCGAGAAGCGAGGAAGGCGAAAGCAGCGCCUCGGGCCCGAUGGGACGGCGACGCGGCAAACGGUCGGCUGCCGCCGGCACCAUCAGCAAAGGCAACGAGGGAACCAGUUUGGCAUCGCACGGAGAAGCGGCAGCAGCCGUUCCUAUUCUCGCCGGGCCGGCGGACAAUCGUAAUGACGAGGACGACGCUAAUCUGGCGCUCGCCGCCGUGCGCGAUGCGGCGGCCGGCGUAGGAGAACCGGGCCAAGAAGUCCUGCUGCUGCCGGCCGCUGCUCCACCUGUCGUUGACUCAGCGCCGCCGGAAGUGGGAGAGGAGGACCACAGCGGCAGCAGCUCUGACUACUACGGCGGCGCCAUCGCGGGACCGUGGCGGUGGUUGCCGAGAGACUCGCUCGUCGUACAGGACGAUGCGAUCAUGGAGGGCCGCGUCCCUUUGAGCGCCCCGGCGCUCGGGCCCGAACGGGACGUCCCAGUCGAGGAAGAUGACAGCUGUCGAAAAGGCGUACGCGCACCGAGUCCCGGCGAAGAUUGUGCGGACAAUGCACCUGCGUCGGCCAACAUGGCGGAGGAAAGCACCGGCGGUGGCGGCCAAGGUGGUGUGCUCGGGGAAGUGGGACAGCUCGAGGAGAACGGCGCCCCCGCCAACAGGACUCCGCCGAUGAGCGGCGCGGUCGCUGACGCGUGCGGCCCGCCUCCGUGCGACGACGAAGCGCAGGCUGCGGGCAGCGCGGACUCCACCGUGUGUGUUGAUGUGCAACAGCAGCAACAGGUGGUGGUGGUUGUGCCCGCGUGUGUUUCGGAUUGCGAACAGCCCGGUACGGAUAACGCCGCUGAGGAUACCGUCGGUGAGUGUGUUGCUUCUUGUAAUACUGCCGCGGUCGACGAAGCGGAACGGAAAUCGAGCGAAACAAUCGACAGUGCCGUCACUGCACCGAAAGACGACGCGAAAGUGGCCGAGCCCGCAGCUCCCGCACUUUGCGAAAGACGGGAAAAAGACAUUGAUCUCGAAGGCCUGGUUGUGUCCACGCUGGAAAAAUACUUCACCGAAUCGUUCGAGUGUCACGAAACGCCGUCCGCCGAAACAGAACCGGACCCCACUGCGGUCGCUCCAGCGAAACAAAAUGAAGGCGACGUCGGCGACUCUUCGCGGAGCGAUCAGUCUCCGACGGCGGGUCUCGCGUCGUGUGACACAAGUGACACGUCGUGCGACGAAGAAGAAGAGAACGUGUUCAGCGACGCGUCGACUUCGUCUGACGACGCCAUGUACAUUUCUCCGAUGCCACGAUUCAACGCCGCGCAGUAUGGCAAUCCGCUGUCGUACUCGUUACACACCAUACUCGAAGAGAGCUGCGAAGAGAGCGAAAAGAGUUCCAGAGCGACGACACCGGUGACGAAGAACCCGUCUUCCGAGCUGGAGAAAUACUUCAGCUUCGCGAUUGGCAACGCGUCACUGGAAGAGAUACACAAGAGGUGGUCGAUCGCCACGAGUGAGGACUUCAGCGAUUCGGUGUCUGAGACUUCUGGUGUAGACGACGUCGAAGUGCUGGAAGAGGACCCCGAGGAGUUGGCGUCUUCUAGGUUAGAAAAAUACUUCACUUCUGGACUUUUGGGAACUGGCAAAUUUCACUAUCCCGACGACGCCGAGUUUACCGACGAGAGUGGAGGCAUUAGCAGCGACGACGAAGACAGAAGGGCAACUUCCAAACAAGGCAAGAAAGAAAAGGCGGUGGCCGCAGCGAGCCUAGCAUUCGAGGCUGCUGACUCUUGCGGCACAAUCAAGAGAAAAAAGAAAGAUGAUGAGGACGUGGCGGAAGUCAAAGUUGUUCUCGAAGAGGAAGGCUUUGCUACCAUCAAGAAAAAGAAAGAAGACACACUUGAAGUGCAGCCAGAUAACGAACCUAAUAACACUGCCGAAUAUAACAUGCUCAACGAGUCACAGCAACAUUUGCAAGACACUUCAUUUGAAAACCUUGAUGCCACACUAACUGCCGAUGAAAGCACGAUAAUUCUCGUUGAUCCUGUCACUGAAAACGACUCACACAACACCACUACCAAAGAUCCUAACCAGCAGACUAAGGACAGUCGCAUGUCUGUCACUCCCACUUCAGAAGCUAACACUGACAUGCAGCAGUCAUUGUCGGAUUCUGUAAACGAACUUACAUCAGGCAUUGAAAGCAUGUGCAACAGCUCAACCAGUGAAAUGACUCAAAACGACGAAAUGAUGAAGGAUUCAAAGAAUUCGGCUAUAGAGGAAGAUGCCACGAGCAUUCACAGUCGAUCUUCAUCCACCGAUUGCUAUUCCGACGAAGAGGCCGCUUACAUUGUUAAUAGAGUGCUCGCCCACAUCUCUGGCACGAGCGACGAGACUGAGAAAGUCGAUGAAAACAUCACACCUUGGAAGGCUCUCCUGGAGUCACAAAUCACACGUUUGAUGCAGACGGUUUCUCCUGCUGCUCUCUCUGGGGAGAGCAGUUGUAGCAGUACCAUCGGCAGCAACAACAGUGACUACGGAAGUGACACGUUAGAGUCUGGAACGUAUUCUUCCACUGAUGAAGAAGGGUCUCCCAAGCCUCGUCACCACAAGAAACCAGGGCGGCGCUCACCAAGUAGACAGCUUUCUGCUGCAGUAGAUGACAAGCUUGCCGAUAACCUAAGUGGUCACAGUAACGAUUCCACCAUCUCCGAAGAGACCAUGUUCAUUUGCAGACAGCUUAUGCAGUCUCUCAAGUUGCUAUCGGACGAGAAGGUCAACAAAGAUGAAAAGAGCAGCUGCCCCAUCAUCUCAGACCACAACCAUAAUGACUACAUGAAGGCUCAAGAGUACAUUCAGUAUCAAAUUGUUGCUUUGAUGCAUACAGUCAGCGGUAGCCGUAAUGCUUCUCCACUGCGUGAGAGGAGGUGCAAGCCCUUAACGUUGACCGGAGGCUCAAGUGAAUGCUCCGACGUGGAUUCUCCCAACCUCUCUGAAAAGAAAAAGAUGGGAAAGAGCAAGACACCUUCAGAGUCAGGAUCUGAAACCAUCUCAACAAGCAUUAGCAUCCCGAGCUAUGACUCGGACCACACUGCCACAGAAUCGGAAAUGUCCAAUGAAAUGGACGAGCUUUAUAACAUGCUAGAGUCUUCGGGGGCCACACUAGCGGAUAACAUUUCCCUCUCAAAGCUGUCGUGUUGUGACGGUGAGGAACCGUCAGACCAUUUCAUCCUGCCCCCUUUCAAGGUGCCCGUUCUCCGGUUACAGUCUGGUCAGGAGGUUCCUCUUAUUGGAACCAAAGAACCAGGCUCUAAAUUAGAGUUCCUGGAACCAAGCUGCAUCCUUCCAAAGCUGAGCACGGUCACCGUCGAGGAGAAGCUUGAACUGCCGGGCAUGUUCAGCAUUGCCAGUGGCACCACAGCCAAGUGUGACAGUUCGUCGACUCUCACCACAGGCUCCGACAUUGACUUCUGUGGUAGUGUUGAGACUGUGCUCGAGGUUUGUCCCAAGACGGUUGGAAUGUCUCCGGAGCCCAGUGUGUCUCCCACUGAAACGUCUGCCGACAAAUCGCGCUCAGAAUCAUCACUCUACAUUAAGGCACGAAGAGGGUUGGCCCAACGUAAACUAGUGGUCACACGAAGCAGCGACAGUCUUGCACCUUACAGGAAAGCAGGCAGUGUCUCUUUACAGCUCUUCCAUUCCAAGGGUGCUUCCAAGUCCGAACAUUCUAUUCUGGACACGGCUGCCCACGAGGACAAAGAGGAGCCCUCGGAAGCGAACCAGGGCACAGACGGACUUGGAAAGCGAAUAAGUGGCAAGGAAAAGUCGUGCAGUGAAAACAACCUUUCGCUUGCUACCUUCAGCGACAGUGAACGCAGCACGUCCAAGUUUCUGGGCACGAAGUCCGUGGGGAACAUCGCAGACCUCGAGGGCAACCCGGGCAAGACGUUCCGCGACACUGGUUACUACUCCUUCAAAUCGUCCGAGGAAAGUGUCCUCAGCCUAGAUGAGCAGGGUAGCAGCAGGCCACCGUCGGGAUGUUUGACGAAGCAGAAAUCAGUGCAGUCGUCGGAGACGAUUCCGGAAGUGGAAGAGGAGCCCGUGCGCCCAGCAUGGUCGUCACCAGGAUCACCCGUCAAGGGCAACUCGAACUCGCUCAGUUCGGGCAGCAUCCCAGACUCAGUGUUUGUCGCUAACAGUGCCAGCGACUGCAAGUCGAGCACGCUUCCCUCUAGUCUACGCAGCAAGGUGAACCGGCCCAACCCACACUCUUCAUCCAUGGUCCUUCGCCAGCGCCAUUUCUCGUCCACAUUUUUCUCUACCUCGGGUGUCCUGCGCAAGCUGACAGCCUUGAAAGCUGACGACAGCAGCGGGUCGCACCGCUCUUCUCCCCGGGGUCGCCUGAGGGGCCGCUCGCGCCACUCUUCUGGUGGCAGUGAUGACUCGAACCGUCUUCUGCCCACCAUUGCCAUUGUUGGAGCGGACGAGAGCUCCUCGAUCAAAAGUAGUGCAGACAGCAUGGAUCGAGACAGCACACACCGAGAUGACGAACUCGAACGAAUCUACAGUCGCAGCCAGACGAGUCUGUCAUCUAUUGGCGUCAGCCAGAUGCGCAGUGAGAGCAUGACGAGCGUGUACAGCGCAGCCGGUGGCGGUCGGUAUGGGACGGUGGCCGUCACUGGCGAAGUCCUCUUCUCCAUCCUCUACAACUACAAAUCGGGACUGCUAGAAGUGCACGUACGGGAGUGCCGAAAUUUGGCGCCCGUGGACACCAAGCGCAACCGCUCCGACCCGUAUGUGAAGGUCUACCUGCUUCCCGAUAAGACCAAAAGCGGCAAGCGCAAGACCAAAGUCAAGAAGCACACUCUCAAUCCUGUUUUCGAAGAAGUGCUCAAGUUCCGGGUGACCAUGAGCGAGCUGCAGGCGCGCACGCUGUGGCUGUCGGUGUGGCACAGUGACAUGUUUGGCCGCAAUGACUUCCUCGGGGAAGUGAUGCUGCCUCUCACCUACGAGACUCUCGAGAAGACGGAAGUCCGCUGCUUCGCUCUCCAGGAAAGGUUUGAGUGCCCCGAGGUUCCACUGAGCUACAAAGGGGACAUUCUGCUGGCGCUGAAGUACAUGCCGCCGGACGUGACUAGCCGCAGCAUCAAGCAGGGACCCGUGCGAGGCUCCCUGCAAGUGCUGGUCAAGGAGGCACGCAAUCUCACGGCCACACGCUCCAACGGAACCUCCGACCCCUUUUGCAAAAGCUACCUGCUUCCCGACCGGACCAAAGGGAGCAAGCAGAAGACGCCCGUGGUGAAGAAGAGCUGCAACCCCAAGUGGAACCACACCUUCGUGUACCCGGAUGUGUCCUUGGAUGAACUGAAGGACCGCUGCCUCGAGCUCACCAUCUGGGACUACGACAAGAUCACCAGCAAUGACUUCCUGGGCGGUGUACGGCUUGGCCUUGGCACAGGAAAGCUGUACGGACGGGACGUGGACUGGAUGGACUCCCACGGCGAAGAGGUGACGCUCUGGCGUUCCAUGCUCGAGAGGCCAAACCUGUGGAUCGACGGAUCGUUGCUGCUGAGGCCAUCGAUGCAAUCCAAGCGCUGAAACCUGAGCAGAUCCGCUUACAAAUAGAUGAGAAGCGAACUGCACACAUCAUUAAGUUUCGAUAACGCGCAUCCAGCUCAUUACAGCUAGUUUCCAGACAAAACAGCCUACUGCCAGAACCGUGAGUGAAGUGCUGCACAGGAGACGCGCAUUUCCUUGCAACAGUACCCCGGCACAGGGUUCUCCGGUCAGUCGAAGAGUCACCGCCGUACCGACGCCGGACUGACGCCGGACUGCAGCGACUGUCUGCAGCGAGGAAAAUCACGGUCGGCAGUUCCUCGACUUGGCUAAGACCCUGAAAAUGCCAAAGCUGCCGCCAGUGUACAUAGAGGCAAGAACUGUCUGCUAAAAAAAAAUGCAACAACACCGGUGUACAUCUAAAGAAUGCAAGUGUUCCGGAUACUGCGCACGUGCACACUCACACAAUGCACGCGUCUCCCCCCUCUCUCUCUCACGAAUGACAUAUCAGACGCGACUGCAUUUAAGUUGCUGUUAACAGAUACAUUUUAUAUUACAUAUUAUAUAUAUAUACAUAUAUAUAUAUAUAUAUAUAACUGUUUGGAAAGGCUCCAUUUACGCUACGUUGAAGAGUCUGUAAAUACCCACUGUCAAGCUUGUUGGUCUAAUGCUUGCUCUAUACUAUAAUUGUUUGCUGUUUCAUACCGUGUUUUCUGUCGAGUCAGGCGUCGUGUUGCGAGCUUGCCGCCAAAUGCCAUCGUAUUGUUGUAGGCUGCUAUUCAAAAUCUCCUCAAUAUUUUUUUUUUCCUUCCCGUUCCACCCAAUAAUGCUCGCUUGUUUUGUGAAUUUACGUUCACAAACAAGCCUCGAAAAACACAUUCACACCCCAAUGGCCUAUCGAUUGAGUCUUAGCAAAGGACCAGUGUAAACGUGUGCGUUGUUUCGAUAUUUAUUUUUACAAACAUGUCACAUAUAAAUAUAUAUGCGCUAUAGUUUAAAGGACAGAUGAUGACAGCUGUUUUCUUCACGCAUGCCUUCAAAACAACUCACUCGCUACAUUCCACCGGUGUUGUUUGAGUCACCGGAAUCGUUGCUUCACUUGUUGUGAGACCAUUUUUCUCCCGUGACGACGUUUUUUGCAACAACAAGCACUACUUCGUUGCUUUCUGUAAUUUUAUUUUUCGAAUGUGUACAUAACGUGUUAUGGGUAGGUCCGUGUCACAUUUACGGAUACAUUCCGCAGACCAUCCGAUCGCGACAUAGGCGUCCGUGGUUGAUCCAUGGGCCCCGUCCCGUUCUACGUGCGCUGCUUUGUGUACGUAAAUGUGACGUGCACCUUUAAAGAAAACUUUCGACUGUGUUUAGGAGGGAACUGUGUGUUGCUCACGAGUUUCUGUUUUAUGCACAGAGCGGACACAGUUUAAAACUGUGUUUGUGACUCGAGCUUGUCGUGUGUGUCAUUUUUUGGAAACAUCCAAAGUGUGUCUUUGUCACGUGCAUUCUGCCUGCGGUUACAUCCUUGUUGUUUUUUUUCUCUCUAUUUCUCUCUACUUUUGAGAUGAUCUUAUUUUAAUAAAAAUUACCAUGCAAAUGUC